CAGGUUGUUUUACACAUGUUUUCUUUUACCAUUAAUGCAUGUUAAUUAUUGUUUGAUUAUUCUGUUCUGUGGUGCGGUGAAUACUUUUUACGAUCAAAACAAAUUACUUGGGUCCUUUAUUAUUAUUAUUAUUAUUUAAGUUAUAAUUUUUUUUUGUCUUUCUUUUUUUCAAGGAAUAUUACUAUGCCUAAAAAUGAGCAAAGUCAGAACUGAAAGAGCUUCAGAGCUUUGGAAGGUACUUUUUUCCAAUUCAUUCUUAAUAUGAUAUUACCUUCUUUCUUAGCUGCUUUGAGUUUUGCCAUCUCUGAUGCUAAACAUGCUUUACUUUUCAACUUUAUCCAGAUAUAAGAUUGCUCAAAAGGUUUUUUUUUGGCAUAUAAAUUGAAAACCUUUUAAUGAGCACUUUCCAUGUUUUUUUUUUCAUGAAAGCUGUUAAGUUGUCCUGAAUGAAUGUAACUUUGGGUUUGCAGGUUGCGGGUUUAGUUGUUGUUUGUGUUAUAUGUUUCACCUCUAAUGAUUUUGUGGCUUUGUUAACUGACAUUCCUAUGCUUUAUCACUGGCAUGACCAGGAAGUGAAUGGUGGUUGUAUAUCUCUUCUAAUUGUGUAUUACUUUGUAGGUUCAUCGAUCCCCUCAGCCUUUUUAUUAUGGGUAAUGAGAGAAGCACCACCAUUAAUAACAGCUUAUGUACAACAAGAAUCAGCUACAUUAACUUUCGUAAGUGAUAGUAUAGCAGCAAUACCAAAUCCUCAACACUGGACGACUGCACCAAGUGUGAGAAAUCAGUUCUGUAUUAUUCUCCCUUCAUAUUCUUAA